AGGAGAAGAAGGAGAAGAAGUUCCAUUAGAAGAAGAAGCUGCAUUGUUUGAGGGAGAAGAAGGGCAUGAUUGGGUACGUCUGAGAAGAGGUUAUGGCAAUGUACAGAAAGAAAAAGAAAGGCAAAGAUUGGAAAGAAAGGGUGAGGAAGGGGAAGAAGCAGCAUUUGAUGAAGCUGCAUUGUUUGAAGGAGAGGAAGGUCAUGAUUGGGCCCGAUUGAGACGUGGAUAUGGAAAUGUACAAAAAGCAAAAGAAGGCCAACGUCCAAUGGUGGAAGGAAGGUGAAGAAGGCGAGGAAGGAUGGGGUCAGGAAGAAGCUGCUUUAUUUGAAGGAGAACAAGGCCAUGAUUGGGCGAGGGUUCGACGUGCUUAUGGUAAUGUAAUGCGCGAAAAGAGUGCAAGUCGGGAACGUUGUGAAUCAAGAGAAAAGAGGGUUAGUUUUGCAGCUGAAGUAACUGAAAAGAUGGACUUACUAAGCGCUGAAGAUUUGGCUUUAGGAAAGCAGGCAAUAAUUAAAAAGCCAAUGAAAAGAGAAAAACGCCGUCAGAGAGAGAAAUAUGAAUUAAGGCAAAAUGAAGCACCAUCUUUUGCCCCAGUACGUCGAAAUUCUUUACUUAUGGCAUUAAAUAUUGGAAGCCCACAUAAUUUACCUCGAUUUAAAACACUUCAGGAUAUAAUUGAUGCAAUGAAGGAGGUCUUUAAUUUAAUUAAAGUUUUAAGUAAACUUUGA